UAGGCGAAAACGAGAAGAAAUCCAAUAUGGCGGUGUAAAUGUUGUGAUAGCCAGAUUCGCGAGUUUUAAAACGGAAAAGAACCCAGCACCAGAAUUCGUGAACCCCGCUUUCCUGCGUAAUUCAACUUACAAAGGCAAGCAGCAAGCACCGCGCUAACUCGCAUACCGGUUACUGUUCCGGAGCAUUGCGGAACGGAAAGAAUUUGUCGAGGGAAGCAAUACACAGCAGGAAAAAAACUGUGCAGGUAGCGCAUAAGAGCAGCAGACACACAAGGACGAUCAUCCGUUUCAUGGCAGACAUCGUAGUAACCAGUGCUUCGGUUGCUGUGCCGUGGUUUUGAACGUCUGUCACCACAGAUGUUGCUGCCUCUUUGCUACGGAUGUUUUGCUCUCUGGUACGAUAAACGGAUGUGACAAUACAACGACCAAGUGACUAAUGAGUGUGUGUGUGUGCGUGUGUUAGUUUGUAUGUAUUCGUGCUCAUAACAACUAAUACGUUUCUGACCAUCGCAAAGGACCUGUGGGUGAACACUGUAGAAGAAGCGUUUUCAUCUUUGCCCGCACUACAUCGAAAGAUAUUCGAUUACCUGUGUAAGGAUUAUUUAUUUCGCGUUCGCAAGUAACCGCUUACCACAGACACGCGGCAAGCAAUUAUUCACAACCCGAUCGGACGAGCACGGUGCACAACGAAGUAAAGUAGACGGACGCAUCCAGUGCAGCUGAAACGGCAACAAUUGAGUACAGCGAGAAACCCGUCGACUGCAAAAUACUGAAGAAACGAAGGAAAAAAACAUCCUCCUAUUCUACCUUCGAUCUUUGCACCGGUGGCAACCGGCAGCGGGAAGAGAUACAGAGGCCGGUACCACAUCGACACAAGCGGCGUGAUACCGAGCGGCAGCGUCAACGUACCCUAAACAGGCAGCUUCGUCGACUGCACAACCGCCAGCAGGCAGGUAUCGCUAACGUCGUCCGAGAGGAAGUGGGUUGUAGCAGUAGCAACCGCGGCCGAAGCAGUACCGCAGGAAAUCGUUUCGGUUCGAACUCUUCGUAUUGUUGUAGCGGAAGCAGGAGAAAUCAUAGUAACGGCCCAGCGCAGUGCAGUGCUAACGGCAGUCGACGCAACAUGACAACCGACACGAGACGACGCGUUAAGCUAUACGCACUGAAUGCAGAUCGUCAGUGGGACGAUCGAGGAACGGGCCAUGUCACAUCGAGCUAUGUCGAUCGCGUCAAAGGUGUGUCAUUGCUCGUGCAUGCCGAGAACGAUGGAUCCAUGCUACUGGAAAGCAAGAUUCAUCCUGACACCACAUAUCACAAACAGCAGGACACAUUGAUCGUUUGGAGCGAGGGUGACAAUUUUGAUUUGGCGCUCAGUUUCCAGGAAAAGGCAGGGUGCGAUGAAAUAUGGGAGAAAAUAUGUCAGGUGCAAGGGAAAGAUCCUUCGGUCGAAAUCACGCAGGAAUCGGUCGAAGAAUCAGAAGACGAGCGGUUCGAGGAUAUGUCCGAUUCGGCACCACCGAUCGAACUGCCGCCGUGCGAGCUGAGCCGGCUGGAGGACAUAUCGGAGGUUAUUGCCAGCGCACUCACAUCGGCAAUCCGGAAGGAUAAGCUAGCCCAGGCGAUCGAGUCGGAAAACUAUAUCAAAAAGUUGCUUGGUUUGUUUCACGUCUGCGAGGAUCUGGACAACCAGGAAGGGUUGCAUUACCUGUACGAGAUCUUCAAAAACAUCUUUCUGCUGAACAAAAAUGGUCUGUUCGAGAUCAUGUUUGCGGAGGACACGAUAUUCGAUGUGGUGGGGUGCCUCGAGUACGAUCCGUCCGGCAAUCCACCGAAAAACCAUCGUCAGUAUCUGCGCAAGCUGGUAAAGUUUCGGGAAGCCAUACCGAUCCGCAACACAGACCUGCUGGCAAAGAUACACCAGACGUUCCGGGUGCAGUACAUACAGGAUAUCGUGCUGCCGACACCGUCCGUGUUUGAGGACAACAUGCUGAACACGCUGUCAUCGUUCAUCUUCUUCAACAAGGUGGAGAUAGUGACCCUGAUCCAGGAGGACGAUAAGUUUCUGGACGAUCUGUUUGCGCUGCUGACCGACCCGCAAACGCCCGACUCGAAACGGCGUGACAGUAUUCUGUUCUUGAAGGAAUUUUGCAACUUUGCGCAGUACUUGCAGCCCCAGGGCAAGGAAACGUUUUUCAAAACGCUCAUAAGCCUCGGUGUGCUGCCGGCGCUCGAGAUCACACUAGCCAUCAACGAAAAGCGAACAAAGGCCGCCUCAAUCGACAUCCUUUCAACGAUCGUUGAAUACUCACCGUCCGUUGUGCGGGACUACACGCUGCAGCAGUACAACAAUUCCGACUCGGAUGAGGACCAAACGUUGAUCAACAUUGCGAUUGAGCAACUGCUGUCCGAUUCCGAGCCGGAAGUGGGCGGUGCCGUACAGUUGAUAACCGUAUUGCGGAUCCUGCUGGACCCGGAAAACAUGUUAAGUUCGGCCAACAAGUCCGAAAAGUCGGACUUUCUUAACUUUUUCUAUAAGCACAGUAUACAGACGUUAAUUGCCCCGUUGUUGCGACACACGCAAUCGGAUAAGCCAACAAACGAGGACUAUCAUGUGGUUCAGCUGCUGAGCGUGGUGCUGGACAUCUUGUCGUUCUGCGUGGAGCAUCACACCUACCACAUCAAGAACUGCAUCAUCAACAAGGAUCUGCUGCGGAAGGUUCUGGUGCUGAUGAACAGCGCGCACACGUUCCUCGUGCUGGGAGCACUCCGAUUCCUGCGCAAAAUUGUUUCACUGAAGGACGAAUUUUAUAACAGGCACAUUGUGAAGGGAAAUUUGUUCGCACCGAUUGUUGAGGCGUUUAUACGAAACGACAGUCGAUACAACUUGCUGGAGUCGGCCAUUCUGGAGCUGUUCGAGUUCAUCAGGCUGGAGGACAUAAAGUCGCUGUAUACGUACUUUGUGGAAAGCUUUGGCAAAUUUUUCGAUGACGUCCAGUACGUCCAGACGUUCAAGACGCUCAAGAGCAAGUACGACCAGCAGCAGGAUCGAUUGAAGGAAAAGGAGAAAGGAAAUUUGGAAAGCGUUCCAUCCAUUUUACGGAACAGCAGCCGUUACCGAAGGGACCAGCGACAGAUGGACGAGGACGAAGAGAUUUGGUUUAACGAGGAGGAAGACUAUGCCGAAGCUGCUGGUAAAUCGGGAGCCCCGGAACUGGACUCUACCAUUGGUAAAAUGUUCGAAAAGAAAGCAAUGGACACAACCAGCAGCCUGAACGGUCCCAAGUACGGUAGUGGCGCCGUCUCCACGGCACAGUCGCAUCAGCUAUCGUCUCAAAUGCAUGGCGGCGUUACCGCCACCGCAACGUCGGCCGAUGACGUGGCAGCCACUUCGCACAUGCUAACCAUCAACAACGGUACCGAGGGCGGCAACGAUGAGAACGUGGCGGCUUCGGCCGCCCAUCUGCAGUCCGCUUCGCUCGAUCCAAACUGUCUUUCACAGGCGGUCGCACAGGCUGCAGCUGCUGCGGCUGCUGCCGUCGCCGUAGCAAACAACAAUGGCCUUCCGUCGUCGUCGUCAUCGUCAGUCACGGUGGAAAGUGUCAGCUCGCUGGGAGAGAUCGGCCACGAGCAUCUGCAGCACCACAAAGAGCAUCAUCGCGUGCUCGUUGGGGAAGACGAUGCCACCGCCGCAAAUCUAACGCCGGCCGACGAAUCUGCACUAGACGAUGCCAACAGCCUGGCAGUGAGCGCGCUCGGUGGGAACGAUCUGUCAGCCGUGUAUCAGCUUCAACCGACCACCGGUGCCGCUGCAGUGUCGAGCACUGUUGUAGCAAGCAGCGCCUGUGAAACGACAGCUUCCACCACAUUGUCGUCCAUUCCGGUCACCGAAACGUGUUCCUCCUCCUCCUCGUAUACCGACGCUACCGCGAUAACGACGGCACCGGAAGACUGUUCGUCGAGCGAUGCUGCUGCUGCUGCUGUAACGGUCGAGAGCAGUGGCCUUGUGGUUGGCAGCAGUACAAUUGCCGUUGACAGUAGUAGUGCGCUAGCAGGUGUCGAAUCUCUCGGCGGAGCAGUAGAGGAAACGGUCUCCAAGCGAUUAUCGGCGGAAGGAUUGUCCGAUCGCGUUGCUCAGGAGGUGGAUACUGAAGCGAGUGCUGGUGGUGGAAGCAGUAACCUCGAAUCUGACGAGAGUAAAAAUCACGACGGCGUGGAACAGAAACACCCUGCACUGGAACGGGGUAUGGAAAAAGCACAUGACGGCGCGGCCAGCAGCACCAGCGACGAUGCGAACGAUGCUGAAAUGGUGAGCAUGCCUGCUGCUUCGCCGUCCUCGCUGAUAGCUACACCCCCCAUCCUGGACUCUGCACCUGCCGUAGAACAACCGACGUCCGGUACCGCUCCCGCUGCCGAGCAAGACAGCCUUUCGUCCGCCGCUGCUUCCGUCGCCUCGUCCACCAGCACCACCAUGGUGAGUGGGUUGAAAAAGGGUCUGGUUGACUACGAAGGUGAUUCCGAUGAGGAUGAGGACGAUGACGAUAGCAGUAGUCCGGCGCAAAAGAAGGCGAGAAUAGCAUAGCACCAUCAGCACGCGCAUCAUCCUUAUAAACAACGCCAUCAUUCAGCAUCAUCUGGGGCGGAUAGUAGCGUAACUAGGCAUAGUUUUAAAAGUACCACUAGAACCAACACCGCUACCGCGACUGUGGCAGUAGCGGUGGUUAACACUACCGUUGUUGCCCCCCACACUACCAACGUUUCUUCGCUGGCGCCGCUUGCCGGGGAGAAGGAGCAGUUACUACAGCGUUCGGAGUCGUGCGAAGAAGCCGAGCGGAGGCAGACGCGCAACGUGCAAGUUUGCGGGGACGGUAAGGUAACGGCAAAGGAUAGAAUAGACUGUUCGAAUAUAAUGGAAGUAGAUAUUACUCUCACGACUACCGCCACCGCCACUACUACUACUACCACUACUACUGCGACAGCAACUAAAGCUGAUCUGUCUACUGAAGCGACGGCGGCCGGUUCUCGCGAACCGAACAGUGACAACUAAGAGCUGCUGCUGCUGCUGCAACUGCACAACGCUAAUAAGAAAUGUUUGUACGCUGUGUAUGUCCUUCAACGGAUAUAGCUGCUUUCUAUUCAUGAUCUUGUUUGCCGUUGUUUUGUAGGCUGAGAUGAUUUACUGUUCUUUCGCGUCAAACAUGUACACACAUACACACAGCAACAAUGUAUGUACUGCAGACCUAUUAUAACUACUCACCAACAUGCUGUACAGUUAGUAAUCGGACAUUUUGUAAAGAAUGCUAAGCUAGACAGGAUCAGAUACCGAAAAUAGAAUGAAAAACCCUCACGAGAGACAGAGAGAGAGAGAGAAAGAGAGAGAGGAUUGUGAGGGGUCUGUACAUUUUGGUGGAUUAAUUAACGGGGCUGCCUACUAAGUUUAUGCAAACAAAGCUAAAAAAGCUACUACGCUGUUCGCUUUUACAAACACAUGGACUUUUUGUUGUUGUUUUGGGUUCGCUAGCUUAUUUUUAUACUUUUGCGACUUGUUGUGUUGUGUGCGGCUUUGUUUGUUUUCGGGUGGCCGACAAGUUUUGCCGAACAUGUUUCUGUCGGCACACGGUCGGGCAUAGUAGUAGUGGUGGAAAAUUGGGCGACAUUCGUGUAAAUGUGUUUGCUGUCGCCCGAAACAUUGACGAGACGGGGCGCGAGGGCGAUGUGGUGUGUGUGUGUGUCGUGCGAGCAUUUGUAAAAGUAAUUUGAAACAAAAAGAAAUGAAAGGUAAAAAACACUAUUUAAAAUGAUAAAACUCUCCCUUCGCCAGCGCGGUGGAAAACACACACACACACACACACAUACACACAGAACUAUUUUAGAACGAAAUAAUUAAGGAUAACGAGAGAGAGGAGCGAGGGAAAGGCGAUAGCGCAUAAGGAUACUACCACACUAUAGAACCUGCUCGAUACCGAAACAUACGAUGCGAAGGGGAACGUCGUGACCUUUUAAGGCAGUUCUAUUUCUGGAUGUAGUUGAUGUUAUAAUGCGCCGCAGGAAGGAAGACUUUUCUGUUUCUGGUUUGGCUCCAAUCACCACCACCACCACCAGCGCUGAAAGAAGGCCGUGUUGCGUGUUCUUAAGCUCUGUUGGUUGCUCACCGAAAAGAGUUCCCUUGGUAGUGUUGGUUCAAAGUUUUGUUCGGAAAAGACACGGAAAACACUUAUUGCGAGGCCGACAGAAGCUUAGUUUGGGGAUAGUAGGGUGGGGGGGGUCGGGGUUGUGGUUCAACCAUUUUCCAUUGAUUAUCAACAAAUUUUCCUAAAUGAGGAGCAUCACCACACGCGAAUGCUUCCCAUUUAUGAAAGUGGCUUCAAUUGUAAAUAUUAUAGUUGCAAAACCCAACUAGCGAAAACGGCGAGAACGGGCGCGAGUGAGAAAGGGGCGGGAGCAGGAUGGUGGAUUAAUAUUGGCAGAAUCCCUUUUUUCACUCGUUCGCUUGUAUGCGUAUGUCCUUGCCAGUAAUGUACAUGCCAAGCAACUCUUUUCGGUGAACAGUUUGUAGAGAUUGAACGCCAUACGCCACAGAGUCGGUGUGUGGUGUUGUAGGUCAUAUGGUUUGGAAUGAGACUUUUCACUCUUUGCGGGGAAGUUGUCCUAUCAGACUGUACGGGUAUAUUCCAACAACCACACACACACGACGUUGUGGCAAAUUGUGUACAGAAGUGAUAAAAAACUCUGGUGCAAUCCGGUUGUUUUUUCUUGCUUUUGUAGGCCAUUCGCCUGCCUGUGAGCUGUGGGUGCCUCGUGGCGAUAGAUUGAAAAGAAAAAAAAAAACAGAUACGAAUAAUUGUAACAAAGUAACAAAUAAAUGUCGUAAACAAAACGUGCGCUACGAAACGGGGGGGAAUCUAAACAAGAAAAACGAAAAAUAACGUAAAAGUGAUUAAGAAGAUAGUGUGUGUGUGGGGGAAAAUGGGUAGCUGAGAAUUUCGAAGGUAAAGCGAACAAACAAACUGAUUUGCAAUCAUUCACAUGGUGCGUGUGUAUGUAUGGGAUCCGGAGGUCGUUCAAAGUGAGGCGUGCGAACUGAUAAACAAAACGACAAAAAAUAAAAUUUUUUGAUCGCAGAAUUAUCCUACGACGACGACAACACGCGUGCGUGCGUGUGAGAUUGAAAUAAACUACUAAGUAAACAUUAUAUGUUCUGUAUAAUGUGUAAAAAAAAAAA